GUUAUCACAAGUGUCUCCCUCUUUUUACCCACUCCCCACAACCUAUCUCUUAACCCCCGAAACACACACGAGUACACAUACACUCAUGAGUACACACAUAAAUACACAUCAGGUGUGUGUGUGUGAGUGUAUGGCCGAGCGUAUCCCACCAUCUGGUUCAGUUGUAAUACUGAAACAACACAAUACACUCUAGUGCUCCGGGAAGCUUCACAUCUCUCUCCUAAUGACAGCUGACCCGUCUUUCUACACUGUAGUAACCUUACAUUGACCAUAAUGAUUGAUUUAUAAGCAAGAACUUCGCAAAAAGUCAUUCCCUGCCAAGAAACAUCAGCAACACUCAUCGGUGUUCUCAAUAGGUGACUGUCUGACACAGAUCUGUGACAUCAGCUGCCGCCAUGAAGCCAGGAAAUCAUCCUCUCCCAAUACUCCUGCUGGUGCUGCUUAGCGCCCACUUAAGCGUCACCUGGAGGGCAAGAAGACACCAAACUGAAAUAAAUUAUCUUGGAAAUGGAAGAGGAGGCGUUGAGAGAGAAGAGAACAAGAGAAGCGGAAGAUAUGGAGACUCGGGCAGCGAUCAACCGCAGCUCGACGGACACAGAUUCGGAAAGUGGGAAGCUGGUAGAAUAAAAUUAGAGAAAGAUACAUGGAAAAAUGCUGGGGAUACCAAGCCUAGAAAUCUGGACAAGAGAGAACACGAUAAAGCACGAAAAGGGAUAACAAAACCAAAGCAAAAGACCAAGAAGAUAUACAAGACAGCUGCUAGGAACUCUGUUAAAAGAGCACAGCAAAAGAGAACAGAAAAGCGAGGGAAAACAUCGAAAAGGAAGAAGAAUGCCUUAACUAAAAAAAUGGAAGAUGAUCAGAUAAUAGAGAAAGAGAAGAAAACUCAGCUGAGGAACACCGGGCUGAAAACGAAACAAUCUAAGAAAUACAGAAUGAUAAACAGUCACGUUAAUAAAGAUGUAAACAAUGUAAGAAAGACUGAGAAGAAGACCGGCAAGAAAACUAGAAAUUGGAAGAACGUAGAAAACAGCAAAAUGGGCAGGAAAACUCGGUUAAAUAUAAUCAGAGAAAAGAAUGACAGAGAAGUUAAAAUGUAUAAGAAGCGAGGAAGAAAAGAGUCACCAAGACAAGAAGAUAAACGUGAAUUUAAGUCAAUGGACAAAAGAGGACAUAAAAAGAAAAGUAAGAAAAUAUCUGAAAAUAUGAUAGAUUCUCGGGAAAAAUCGGGAAAAGGAAAAAUAAAGAAAAGGCCCAGAAAAAUAUCCACACACGAGGUCCAUCACAAGAAAAUUCAUUCUCAAACAAUGAACAAGAACAGAAAACAUAAAACGAGAAAGAACUCGGAAAAAUUGAUAAAACCAACGAAGAAUGCCAGAGAUCGUCAAAACCGAAAGAUAAACCAGGAGAAAACUGCAAGAACCGGGAAAAAACAUCUCAAAAAACCAAGGCUAGACAACCCAAACUUCAACUUCUCCCGAGCGUACCGCCUCUCCACUUGCAAGAUGACAUACUUCGUCACAGCUGACCAGCCUUACCUGCUCACCUCAGAUUCCUCCGGUGCUGCCGCCAACUGUCCCAUUACCUUCAAGGGUCCUCCGGGGACAAAACUGGUCUUCUCGUGUCCGAUAUUCUCUCUGGGGGUCAAGGGCUGUAAAGCUGAGAAGAUACAGCUUAAAGAAGUCGGCAACAAGUGGACGUUCUGCCAAAGGGACCGAGUGUUGGUGGAGAGCUUUACUGACACCCUAAGCUUCAAACAUCGCAGGAGGAGACUCAGGAAACAGGAUUGCCCGGGCGUCUUCGUCUGUGAAGUGUCUCAGCACAGGGACGCAGGGCGCCUCACAACUCUGGUUCCUGGACUCACUCACCCUGCCUCACCUAUCACGAUCUUCGGUGAUGAUAAUGUCCUAGACAUUACAACAACUCCUGAGACGACUAGCGUGAUGCUUAAUACCACAACCAUCACUACUACUACGACUACCACCAACACAACUAGCAUCAGCACCACCACUCCAGCUCCUAACACCACAACAACGAGCAGUGUUAGCAACACCACAAGCACUACUACCAGCACCUCGACCACAACCUCUACCACCAUGAAAGGUACUAACACUACAACCACCACCACUACCAACACCUCAACCACCCCCUCAACUACCACGACGACAAGUUCUACCACUAGCACAACGAGUUCGACCACUACUAUCAAAUCAACCACUACCACACCAAAUUCUACCACCACCAGCACCUCAACCACCACAACAACAAGUCCUACUACUACCAGUACUUCAACCACCACCACAGAAAGUUCUACUACUACUACCAGUACUUCAACCACCACCACAGAAAGUUCUACUACUACUACCAGUACUUCAACCACCACCACAGAAAGUUCUACUACUACUACCAGUACUUCAACCACCACAACAACUCCUAUUACUACCAGUACUUCAACCACCACAACAAGUCCUACUACCUCAAGCACCACCACUACCACCACCACGAAAGGUAUGACCACCACAACCACUACCACCACUACUACGACAACCACUCCUACCACCACUACUACCACAACCACUCCUAGCACCACUACUACCACGACCACUCCUACCACGACCACAACCACCCAGAUCGUCACCACUACCACGACCACAACGGCAGAUCCUGAGACUACCGCGACAACGACUGAACAGCGCCCACCAGUCGGAGGACCUGAUACCGAUCCUGAAGGUACUGGAAUACCAGCGCCAACUGGAGUACCAGCACCGAUUGGAGGAGCAGCGCCGAUUGUAAUACCAGCGCCGAUUGGAGUACCAGUACCGAUUGGAGUACCAGCGCCGAUUGGAGUACCAGCGCCGAUUGGAGGACCAUCGCCGAUUGUAAUCCCAGCGCCAGUUGGAGUACCAGUACCGAUUGGAGUACCAACACCGAUAAGACCACCUAAACCUACCGGAAUGCCUGCAACAGUUAAACCACCUGCGGUAAUUGGAGGAUCCGGUCCGAUUGAGGUACCAGCUCCGAUUGCACCACCUAAACCAAUUGGGCCACCUGAACCUAUAGGACAUUAAGCAUGACCCCAUGUACCAGUUAAACCACCUGCGCCAAUUAAACCACCUGCGCCAAUUGGCAGUCCUGAACCUAUUGGGGUACCAGCUCCGAUUGCACCACCCAAACCAAUUGGGCCCCCUGAACCAAUUAAACCACCAGCGCCAAUUGGCAGUCCUGAACCUAUUGGGGUACCAGCUCCGAUUGCACCACCCAAACCAAUUGGGCCCCCUGAACCAAUUAAACCACCAGCGCCAAUUGGCAGCCCUGAACCUAUUGGGAUACCCGUUCCAAUUGGGGUACCAGCUCCGAUUGCCCCACCCAAACCAAUUGGGCCCCCUGAACCAAUUAAACCACCUGCGCCAAUUGGCAGCCCUGAACCUAUUGGGGUGCCCGUUCCAAUUGGGGUACCAGCUCCGAUUGCACCGCCUAAACCCAUUGUAGGACCUGCACCUAUUGGACCACCGUCUACAAGACCUCGGCUCUUCUGUAGCAAGUGUUCCUCUGGUCCCAUCAGUGUCACCAGAAUUAUCGGCGGAGAGCCAGCCAGCGUGGGCGAGCUACCCUGGCAGGUCAAACUGAUGGUGGGUUACAGUGUCAUGUGCGCUGGAGUCCUCAUUCAGCCAUCCUGGAUCCUUACUGCCGGACACUGCUAUCCUAAUGGGUUCCGUGAGACGGAGAUCACCUUGGGUGAGCAUGAUCUAAAUGUCCAGGAGCCAGGUACACUGGUCAUCGAAGCCAAGAAUGUAAUCACUCACGAGAAAUUCGACAGUUUUACAAUGGAGAACGACAUCGCCUUGGUGGAGCUGAAGAGCCCUGCCACCUUCUCCGACAGAAUCUCCCCCAUCUGUCUGGCCAACUCUGAAGACUUUGGCGACAGUGGUGUGGGCAUCGCAUCGGGCUGGGGACAUACCAAGUACCAGGGAGAACGGUCGCAGGUGCUACAGAAGGUAGCACUCUCCAUAAUAAGCAACACAGCUUGUGACAAGUUGUACGGAGGGUUCUAUGAAAUCUUCGACACAAUGAUGUGUACAUACACGGAGAACAAGGACGCCUGCCAGGGAGACAGCGGCGGACCGCUGGUGGUGCAGGCACCAGGAGGGAAGUGGGUUCUGGCGGGGCUGGUGAGUUUUGGGUACCGGUGUGCCCACAAGGACUCACCCGGCAUCUUCACCAGGCUUACCAAGUACCAUGAGUGGAUCACCGCCAAUAUCUACCAUGAGGACUGCUGAUACUGCACCAUAACUGCUGCCAUGUCUGGUGGUACUGCAUCAUAACUGCUACCAUGUAUGGUGCUACAGCUACGUACCUGCUACCAUAUCUGGUGAUACUGCUACUUAACUGCUACCAUGUCCGGUGCUACUGCUACAUAACUGCUAUAAUGUCUGGUGCUACUGUUACUAUGUCUGGUGCUACUGCUACUAUGUCUGGUGCUACUGCAACUUUGAUGCUACUGCUAUGUCUGGUGCUACUGCUACUCUGUCUGGUGCUACUGCUACAUCAUUGCUACUCGCAAGUUCUCUCGUUGUGUUCAACAGCAUUACUACGUCUGCUGAAUUAACAUAUCUGCCAGACAUCGAGAUCUUAUCUUCUCACACCCGUGGAACACCUGUGUAAACACCUGUCUUUACACCUGUGGAACGCUUGUCCCUAAUAAUACGUACAAUUGUGGAGGUGAACCUGGAGUAUACCUGGUUUCCUGCAAACAAUUAGGAGAACCUAGGUAUAAAGUAACGUAAUACAGGGCAAUUCUGCGUUUUAGGCUACUUUUGCUCUCUGAAUUACUUGGUUAAGCUCAUUACUGAGCGAAAGGUUGUAUUAUUUCGUGUCUUAAUAAUAAUAAUAAUAAUAAUAAUAAUAAUAAUAAUAAUAAUAAUAAUAAUAAUAAUAAUAAUAAUAAUAAUAUAUUUCUACAAGUACAUGAUGCAACUUAUACAGACUUAACUGACAUCAAUAACAUACAUAUUAUAUAGAAAGCCCUUGUUUAUGCAGAGCAUUUCGGGCAACUUGGGUUAAUUUUGUCCCCAGGAUGCGACCCACACCAGUCGAUUAACACCCGGGUACCUGCUUACUGCUAGGUGAGCUUGGACAGCAGGUGUCCUAAGGAAACACGCCCAGUGUUUCCACUCGUACCGAGGAUCGGGCCGCGGCCCUCGAUGUGUGAGCUGAGCGCGCUACCAACCGGUCAUCAAAGAGGGCUGGGACAUGCC